AUGGGUGGUGAACUCAACGACUUAAAUAUGGAAAAUCAAGAAAAACCCAUACCUAUGUCCAAUCCAGUGGAAAUGGAAGAAAUCCAAUUCUGUUUUUGUACCCAAAUAACACAAGCCGUCUAUUGUUUCAUCGAUUACUACCUUUGUCGAGAUUGUUACGACCAUUUAGACUCAGUCGAGCGAGAUCUCUACGAUGACCUGCCAAGACACUUUUUAUGCGAAAAAACCGCAAGGAUUCGAGUAUCGCACUGUAAGAUGGGAAACCCCUUCCGAGGACACGAGGAAAGGGAUGGAGCAUACCAAAACUUUUCCGAAGAAUUAUUCGUCAAUCACCCUGAAUUAUACAACGAACUACUCUAUCGUUAUUGCGUCCGCCUGACUCAACAUGCAUAUUAUUCCGUCAAUGGAUCACUCUGUCAAGAUUGCUAUUACGAUUUAGACCCAGACGAUCAAGAAUUAUAUGAAGAAUCUAAAAAUCAUUACUCAUGCAAGCGUUCAGGAUAUAUCCAAGCGGCAUAUUGCGGAUUAUGCGACAUACGUAUCGCACAAUUGCAGGACGCGAUAACGUGCUCCGAAUGCAUAGAAGAAUAUCUAGAACUUAUGUUAAAUUAAUUAACUGAACACAAACAUAUGUACAUGUAGUAAAUGAAUAGAACCAUAAGUACAAGAAAUAAA